UCGUCUCCACCCCCCCCACCCCUGCCUCCCGAUCCCCUCCCGGAUCUCGCCGUGCGCUCGAAGCCAAGCGCGGUCUCGCGAUGCCCGCGGCUGUCGCCCCCGGCAGCGGCGGCGCGGCCGACGCCGAGGAGCUGUUCCGCACCAAGCGCAUCCCUGAGAUCCGCGCGGCGGAGGGCGCCACCCGCCGCGAGAUCUCCUCCAAGGAGGAGGAGCUCCGUCAGCUCGUCGGCCGCAGCUACCGCGACCUCCUCGACUCUGCGGACUCUAUCCUGCUCAUCAAGCAGUCCUCUGACUCCAUCUCCGACAACCUCUCCCUCAUCUCCGGCUCCCUCUCGUCGCUCUCGCCGCCGCCCGAGGCUCCCGCCGCAAGCUCCGCCUCGCCUUCCCCGUAUUCCGGCGGUCGCACACGGCUCUAUGCUCUGGCCGCGCGUGCCAAGUACCUGGUCGACACGCCCGAGCACAUAUGGGGACGGCUCGACGAGGGCCUGCUCCUGGAGGCCGCGGGGCGGUACCUGCGGGCGCGGGUCGUGCACGGGCGGCUCUCACGCGACGCCGUGGCCGCCGCGCGGUUCCCGCUCCUCGCGCACCAGGCGCGCCUCGUGGAGGCGUUCCGGCCGCAGAUCGCGCAGCGAGCUCGCGAGCGCCUCGCCGACCGCCGCCUCCCCAUAGAGGCCUACGCUGACGCGCUCUCGGCCGCUGCCGCGAUCGACGCCCCGUCGCUCGCCCCACCCCAGGCGCUCCUCUUCUUCCUCGCCUCGCGCCGCGCCUGGAUCUCCCAAGCCCUAGCUGGGCUCGCCUCGGAUCUGUCGUCCUACACCUCCGUGCUGUGCGAUGUCGCGAGGAUCUUGCGUAUCACACUCGGCCACGUCGGGCAGUUGUUUGUGCAUGCGCUCAGUGAUCUGCCGCUGUUCUUCAAGACGGUACUUGCGAAGACGCCUCCUGAGCAGUUGUUCGGCGGCAUUCCGGACCCUGAUGAGGAAGCGUGGUUGUGGAAGGAGCACAUGAACCAGCUUGAGGCUACCAUGGUUCUACUCGAGCCGGAUGCUGUGGCACGAGCCUGUACAGAUUGGCUCAAGGAAUGUUGUGGUGAGAUUUUUGGGGUGAUUGCUGGGGGGCAGAGGUUGGUUGACGCCAUUGGGAGUGGGGAGGUGAUGGGAUCAGUGCAAAGGUUUGUACGUGAUGCGCUAGAUGGGAGGGAAGGAUUGGAGGGGAGUUUGGAGCAGUGGCUGAAGAGCGUCUUUGGGUCGGAGAUUGAAUCACCAUGGGAUCAGAUCCGUGGGUUGAUCUUGAAGGAAGACAAGGAUAUUUUUGAGGAUUGGAUGGAGGAGGCAUUUGUGCGACGGAUGAAGGACAUUGUGGAUUCAGAGCUUGAUAGUUUGGGUUCUAGUGUUAAUGUGAAGGAAUCAGUUGAGGCUAUUGGUGCCAAUGCUGAUCCAAAAGAUGCUGGCGAUUUCCUUGCAUACCUGCAGAAACCUUCAACUGGUGGUGGUUUCUGGUUCUCAGAGUCUAAGAUCAAGAAAGGUGGAAUUUUGGCACACUUGAAACCAAUUGCUGAUGAGAAUGACUUCCAUAGCUGCCUAACCUCAUAUUUUGGGUCAGAAGUUAGUCGGAUCAGGGAUGCAAUUGACAACAAAUGCAAGAAUAUUCUGGAGGAUCUGUUAAGCUUUGUGGAGUCACAUAAUUCAGCUCUGAGACUGAAGGAAUUAGUGCCAUACCUACAGGAGAAAUGCUAUAGGACCAUCUUGGCAGCACUGAAAGAAUUAGAAGCUGAGCUCACAAAGCUCUCUGCUUCGUUGGGAACCAAAAAGGAAGAUAAUGACAUACCUGCAGCAUCUGUUAUAGCAGAGAGGUCUCUCUUCAUUGGUCGCCUCUUGUUUGCGCUGAGAUACCAUUCAAGUCAUGUACCCCUGAUUCUAGGUUCCCCAAGGGAGUGGGUAAAGGAGGCUGGUGGUGCAGCAUUUUCCAGGUUAUCAUCACCCACACCAAGACAUUCAAGGGCAUCUUUUGAUUCUUUGAUGUCUUUUACCCCCAGAAGGCGCGCAUUUGACAGUCCCAGGAGUCCUGGAAGGCAAUUCCUGGAUAGCCCCAGAAGACAAACUAUUGCUGCUGCUGUUUCUUUGUUUGGAGCUGAUGAUAGCUCCAAUCCUAGACUCGAUGAACUCAAUAAGACCCUGCAGUCACUUUGCAUCACGGCUCAUAGUGUAUGGAUAGCAUGGGUGUCCGCUGAAUUAUCUCACAUUCUUUUAUAUGAUCUCAAUAAAGAUGAUUCUCUAUUCUCUUCAACUCCUUUGCGGGGUUGGGAAGUCACAGUCAUCAAACAAGAGGAAACAACUGAGGGUCCCUUGGAGAUGCAAAUAGCUCUUCCAUCAAUGCCAUCAUUGUACAUCAUAUCCUUUUUUUAUCAAGCAUGUUUGGAAAUUCAUAAAGUUGGAGGGCACAUCCUGGACAGAAUCAUUUUGCAUAAUUUUGCAUGGGAGCUACUGCAGAAGGUCAUCAACAUUUAUGAAAAUUUUCUGGUAUCUAUUGAGUCCGGGAAUUCUCAGGUUUCUGAGAAAGGAAUUCUGCAAAUACUGCUAGACUUGCGUUUCAUUGGUGAUGUCCUAUCAGGAGGCAAAAAUGCUUCCACCAGCUCUACUGAAAUGCAAACGAAACAUAAUUCUUUGCCAGGCACCAUUACCAAGACUUCCUUCAGGAGAAAACAAUCACAAUUACGGGCAGAUUCAGCUGUCAUAGAGCCUAUAAACAAAUUAAUCAAUAGGCUCUCGCAGAGAUUGGAUCCGAUAGACUGGGCCACGUAUGAACCUUACUUGUGGGAGAAUGAGAAGCAAUCUUACAAGCGUUAUGUUGUUCUUUUCGGUUUUUUGGUCCAACUGAAUCACAUGUACACUGGUACUGUACAAAAGUUACCAACAAAGUCAAAUACAGAUUCAAAUAUUAUGAUAUGUUCUCAGGUUCCAAGAUUCAAGUACCUACCGAUCAGUGCCCCAGCUAUAUCAUCAAGAGCACACAAAUCAUCACUACAGUCGCCAGCUGGUGAUUCAACAUCUAAAAGUCCUUGGAAAUCAUAUUCAAAUGGAGAAAGAUCUACUGCACCAGAAUUUGAUGGUAAUGCAAGUCUUGUAGGUGCUGCUCCAUUGUUUAAGUCAUUUGUUACCCAGGUUGGGAGCAAAUUUGGGGAGAACACAUCGAGAUGGGGGUCCAUGCUAUCUGAUGGACAGGUUGGUAAGCUAAGUGACAUUCUUCCCGGACCAGCAGCUGGGUUUUUCUCUUCUUUCACAUCUGGAGCUCGAUAUGAUUCAUAGUCACGGCACCAUGAGCCUUGAUCUUCAGCCCAUACUUCCUAUACGUUGAAUGGAAAUCCACAUUUGUCAUCAAGAGAACGACAGAACUGUUAGCUGGUGUAAUCUGCCAUUGGAAAGCUGUUGCUUCCAGAAUGAUGCCGCAUAGGUUUGCCCAGUGUUGCUCAGCAUAUCCUGCCACUCCUCUUCACGUUCUUGUUGUGACUGGACAGUAUUGUGGAGAAGCUCCAAGGACAUAUGAUGCCAAAAGACAAGAUUUAUUCAGUAUCAUGACUGCUAACAGACUGAAGGAGUGGGUAAGGAAAUCAAAUGUGCUUUUAGUGUGUUUCCUGCUUGCAAUAUGACACGGUACAUAUGACAAAGGAACUGCUAUUUCCUGCUGAUAAUAGCUCACUUUUUUGGGGAACUCGGACCAUGAUGUGGAUACUCGACACAUGAAGUCCGUUGUAAAAAGGAAUUUUGGAGUCCAUUCUUUCUUCUCUUUCUUUGGCUCCGUGAGUUGGAGGAAUUUUUCAUCAGAACAGUGCUGAGACUGCGAGGUUGUGGUUUUCCAUGUAGGCAAAUUUGCAGAUGUGUACACUAGAAACAAAUAUAGCAAUAAAGUAUGUGUUCCCCCCUUAGAA